ACAGAAAAAAUUAUGUGAUUCAACUGUCGUAGUGUCGUCAUGACAUGUGAUAAGGUUUUAAUUUUAAAAAAAUUUGAUAAUAAUAUGUUAACGGAAAUUUAUUAACUUGUUGCUAAUUCCUUGAGUCUGGAUUGUUCUAUCUACUAUUGUUACUUAAUAUCUAUCUUCUUCUAAUUAUUUCCUUCAAAAUUUACGGUAAUUGUACGUCAAAAUCGUAAAAUUUGUUUAAAUAUUGAUGAAAAAUGAGCGACUCAGCUACUGAACAGAUUUUGACUAACGAUGACGAACAACAGUACUUGGAUCAUAUAAAAAAAAUAUUAGAAAAAGGACAUAAGAAAAUGGACAGAACUAGAGUUGGUACACUUUCAUUGUUCGGUGCUCAAAUGCGUUAUAAUUUGAUGGAUGGUAUUUUUCCACUGUUGACAACAAAAAGGGUGUUUUGGCGUGGUGUUGUCGAGGAGUUAUUAUGGUUUAUCAAAGGUUCAACAAAUUCUAAAGAACUAUCGGAAAAGGAUGUAAAAGUUUGGGAUGCUAAUAGCACACGUUCAUAUUUAGACUCAAUUGGACUUAACAAUCGUGAAGAAGGAGAUUUGGGACCAGUUUAUGGAUUCCAAUGGCGACAUUACGGUGCUGAGUAUAAAGAUGUACAUACAGAUUACUCAGGAAAAGGUAUUGAUCAGCUUCAAAAUGUUAUUGAUACAAUAAAAACUAAUCCUGGCGAUAGACGAAUGCUUAUGAUUGCUUGGAAUCCAUGUGAUAUACCUAAAAUGGCUUUACCUCCAUGUCAUUGUCUAGUACAGUUUUUUGUGGCUGAUGGAUACCUAUCAUGUCAAAUGUACCAACGAUCAGCUGACAUGGGUCUAGGAGUACCCUUUAAUAUUGCUAGUUAUUCGUUACUUACAUACAUGAUAGCCCAUGUGACUGGAUUAAAACCUGGUGAAUUCAUUCAUACAUUGGGCGAUAGUCAUAUCUAUCUGAAUCAUAUUGAUGCACUCAAAAUGCAACUUCAAAGAAAACCCAAAAAGUUUCCCAUACUAACUAUUAAUAGAGAAGUCAAAAGUAUAGAUGAUUUCAAAUUUGGUGACUUUACAUUAAGUGGAUAUAAUCCGUACCCAAAAAUAACCAUGGAUAUGGCUGUAUGAAAAGGAUAUAGAAUAUACAUGUAUGAAAUUAACAUAUAUUUUAAUAAAAUAUACACGUGCGCAUAA